UACGAAUAUCUUUUCAUGGUCAGAAAAAAUUACAAAGAUCUUUUAAAAAUAUUUAGCCAGAAAAUACUGAAACCUUUCUUUAAUUUCUCCUGCGGGCUGAAAGUGACGAUAGAAUCAGGGCAGGAAAACGCAGUAAUUGUGAAGAAAAACAAAAUUUUCCGUUUUCUCUGUGAAAGCGGUGGCGGAAACCUUGGCCCGAAAGUAUGAAGCUCAAGCAGUUGGAAAGUCUCCUUGGCGAUCUUCAGCAGUUCUCUCAACCUAAGAUUGAACUCGAACAGUAUCCAACUGGACCCCAUAUUGCUUCUCGAAUGCUUUACACUGCUGAGAACUCUUUUGGAGAUGUGAGCAACAAAGUAGUGGCUGAUUUUGGAUGUGGCUGUGGUACGUUAGGUGUUGCAGCUGCUAUACUGAGUGCCGAACAUGUUGUCGGCAUUGACAUUGAUCCAGAAUCUCUUGAAAUAGCUUCAUUAAAUGCUGAGGAGCUUGAGUUGUGCAUGGACUUUAUCCAGUCUAAUGUCAUGGACUUGGAAUGGAGAGGUCAAAUUGUUGAUACAGUUGUGAUGAAUCCUCCAUUUGGAACUAGGAAGAAAGGUGUAGACAUGAAUUUUCUCCAGGUUGCUUUGAAGGUUUCUUCUCAAGCUGUUUAUUCCUUGCAUAAGACUACAACAAGAGAUCAUGUCAAACGAGUAGCCAUGAAGGAUUUCAAUGCUGCAAGUGCUGAAGUUUUAUGCGAGCUUCGAUACGAUGUUCCAAAACUGUACAAAUUUCACAAGAAGAAGGAAGUGGAUAUUGCCGUGGACCUCUGGCGUUUUGUACCAGCAAGUCACCAAAGCAGGGUCAUAUAAUAAUACCCUUUGUUUCCAAAUUUGUGGGAGUGGUUGUUGCAAGGUUAAUUCUAUCCUUCACUGUCAUUAGAUUCAUAAUCUUGCACAAUAUACAAGCGGCUUUGUCCAAAGUUAGGCUACUCUUGCAGGUGUGCUUGUUUGUGAGUCCAAGUCUCCAAGCAAGUGCAGCAUGCAAAACCUGUCUGGUAUGUAGCUUUCUUAGAGUUGGCUUGAGGGGUUAUGUGUGAAUGUGAAACUGGUUGAUGCUAUUUGACAGUGACGGGUAUUUUUCUGAACCAUUUGAAGCGAUUGCCGAUCAUAUUCAUAUAUGGCAUAUUGAAACGUAGUGCCUGUUUGGUUCAAUUCCCUUGUAAUCCUGAUGCAUUUUGCUUACUCCUAAUGUUUGGUUGGACUUAGUAAUGUGAAGGGGAUUACAUUAUGUAAUCCAGAUUCCCUUAAAAUGGUGCAUCUUGAUUACAUAGCUAGACCUAAUGAAUGGGGAUUACAUGAUGAGUAAUACCCUUAAAAGAAAAAUCAAGAAAUCUGAUAGGAAAUAUGGGAGACAUUAUUCUAGAAAAAAAUAAAUUCUCUUUAUGUUAUUUUAAUAUCAUGUAAGAAGGAAAAUGUAAAGCCUAACUUUAUAUGGACAAGGUGUUAUGGUUUUCUUUUGUGUUCUUUUGUAAGAGGAAAUAUGAAAGUUAGCUUUGUAUGUAGAUUUGAUUAAGGCUUCCUUAUUUAGGCAUUAGAGUUUUGUUAAAUAGACUUGAUUGCACUUGUCAUGGACACACUUGAUGAAUGAAAUAUUGUGAUUGCAUAUUCGAAAGCUCUCCCCCUCUCUCUGCGUUCUGUUCUCCUUUCCCUUGCUCCCCCAUUGUUCUGUUCUUCAUUUCUCCCUCCCUAUUUCUAGUUUCUCUCUACUUUCUCCCUCUAUUCAGAUCUGUGUGAGUGUAUGUGAGUGUGUUACAUUAGUUUGGUAUCAGAGCUUGUGUUCCUAUGUUCCUUGGCCAUUUUUGUCACCUGAAAAUCACAGAAAACUCGCUUGAGAAACUCACAAACCCUGUUUCAUGCUGCCUACCCAAAAACGCCCACUUCCUGAUGUCAGAUUGCUAAAACACCACCGCCAUCGUGUUCAAGAGGAGGAAUCUGGUCAGAACCAGAAAUUUCACCUCCGUCCUCUGACACACGCUCCUCCACGUGCCAAUGGAGUGAUCUGCGCGCGGCCAUCACGCGACCACACACCGGUGACAAUCCUGUGCAUGACUUCACGAGCCGACGUGCACAGUGUCCAGAAUUUGGAUUAUUUUUUUUUUUGCGUUUUGCGUGCUUUCAAGGAGAUUUUUAUAGUUUUGAGCAAGCUUGAGGAUCCCAAAUCAUCUUUCAAAGCAUUAUUUGGGUAAAAGAUCAACUUUUAGGCUUUUAAAUCUUCAUUGGUAAGGCUAUUGACCUCUCAUUUAUUUUACUUAUAUGGUUUUUAGGAGGAGGUAGUUCUUCCUUUCAUGCUUGGUUUGAUGUCUUCUUUUUUUUAAUCUUUGAGCAUGCAAUUUAAUUCUUAAAGUGUGUUUAGUUUAAUAUUCUUAAAAAAAAUUGAUCAUUAUUAUUGUUAAUUUGUACCUCUUGACAGCAUUAUUCCUAACCUAGAACACACUUACCUCACACAAUUCAGCCCUAUACCCGGGUCAAGAAAUUAGCCUAAGUUAGUUGAAGUUUAACGGUUUCCUUGUAAGGUUAUAGACCUUCGAAGGUUAUUGUGAAACUUUACUCAGGUUGUUAUCUCUUUAACAUGCAAUUCUUGAGAUUUUGAAUUUCCAGAGGAUUAGUUUUGUUAGAAAGGGACUUCACCUUGUUGGGUGAGGGCAACUUGGGAACUUUUUCCUUAAGGUUUCUAGAACCACCCUAAACCCUACACUUUAAAAUAUUGCCCUUGUCAUUGUAUGACCAUUUGUGAUUUAUAUGAUAAGCAAGCCUUAUUAGAUCAAUAAAUUACUGCUCUUAAAUCCGCCAUGGCCAAUAACUUCCAAAUCACCCAAAAUCACCUUGAGAAAUCUGAGAGGGCUUAAAGGGUAUAUGUGGACCAAUGAUUAGAUGAACUCAAGGAAGUCAUGAAUAGGAAAUUUGAAGAGAUCAUGGGUGCUAUUCAAUUGCAAUACAAACAAGAUACAGGAAAGGUAACUGAAGGGCUGUUAGAGAGACUAAUAUUCAGAGGAGAAUCCAGUUUUAGGAAUGAGAGAUCCCCUAUCUUUAAUCAACCUAGGGGAACUCCCUCUAGGAUUGGUCAUUCUUCUAGAAACAUGGGUGGAAGACAUGGUAGACCCUCUCCUCAUGAACUUAUCAAUCAUCAAUCGGAAGAUUUAGAUGAUACUUGGAAUGGUCGUGACCACGAAGAACAACAUCAUGGAUCACUUCAACCAAUCCAACGGAACGGUAGAGAAAAUUUUAGAAGGGUGCAUACUGAUGACAUCGCCAAAAAGGUUAAGGUUGAGGCCCUUGAAUUUGAUGGAAGAUUGAAUGCUAGUGCUUUCUUAGAUUGGUUAGCCAAUGAGUGAAUGGUAUGACAUGAGCGAUACCCAACGAGUUCAAUUUGCAAAGAUGAAGCUUGUGGGUUCUGCAAUAAAAUAUUGGCAAAAUGUUCAGAAGAACAAUGAGCGACAGGGAUAUCCUCCAAUUGAGGUGUGGGAUGAAAUGAAGGCAAAGUUGAAAGAGAAAUAUGUGCCGAUUCAUCACAAGAGUCAGUUAUACAACAAGUAACUCAACCUGAAGCAAGUUUCCACUGCUUCUAAGUAUAUAUCUCGUUUUGACGACCUUAUGAUUAGAAGUGACGUGGAUGAAGAAUGGUGCACGAUUACUAGGUUUGUUAAUAGACUCAAGCCAUAUAUACAAAAGGAGCUCAAGCUGAACUUCCUUGAGUCUUUUGAGGAAGCGUACCAUAAGACCUUGGAAGUAGAGUCUCUGUUGCAGUACACUUUUGUUAGGUGUACCAACUAGUAAGGCAAUCAAUUUUGACAGGAGUGAAGUUCAAACUUGAUGAAGCGACCUUCUAGAGCACCUACAUCUAGGCCUGCCCAAAAUGGGUUCAAGAUUAAUACCUCUAAGCCUAUUGAGGCUUCCUGCCCUAGUAACUCUCUUGUUGAGUGUUUCCAUUGUCACUCAAAGGGUCACAUUGCUUCAAAGUGCCCACAACGAGCUUUAAUUAUUGACUCACCUUUUGAGGAAGAGGAGAAUGCUAUCAAUGUCGACAUAGUUGUGGAACCAGUUGAGUGUCCUUCAGAUGUUGACGAGGACAUCAUCAUUGAUGAACAUGGGUGUAAGACACAUUGAGUUGGAGUUAUGCGAUGCAUUUUGUCGGUCCCUCUACCUAGUGAUUCAUAGAAGCGAACUAGUAUCUUCCAUACCUUUGGGAAGUGUGGAGGCAAAUCUUGCAAGUUAGUGAUUGAUAGUGGGAGCUCUAGAAAUGUAAUUUCUAGUCAAGGAGUAGUUCGGCUUGGUCUCAAGAUAGAACCUCAUCCAGAACCUUUUCGAGUUGUGUGGGUUGACAAAACUUCUUUACCAGUCACUCAACAAUGUCGCAUUCCUUUGCAACUAGGUGACUAUAAAGAAGAGGUUCUUUGUGAUGUUUUCUUGAUGGAUGUUGGUCACAUUUUGCUAGGUUGACCGUGGCUUUAUGAUCACAAUGUCAUCAACCAUGGUCAGGAGAAUACAUAUGCAUUUAAGCAUAAUGGCAAGACAAUCUUGCUACGCCCUGUUAAGCUUGACACUGAUGUUAGACAUCCGAGUAAUUCAAAAGGUAUGAAGCCCAAAAGCCAAAGUUUUCACCUUUUAACAGAGAAACAGUUUGUGCGGGAAAGCAAAGACAGUACCCUUGUGUUUGUUCUGGUGUCUAAGAUCUCGCAAUGAAUUGCUUUGGUCACAACUAUGAAAAUGCCUAGGUAAGUGCAACAGCUCUUAAAUUUCAAGACAUCACCCUGGAUGAGCUUCCAUCUGAGCUACUGCCAAUGAGGGAUAUCCAACAUGCAAUUGAUUUUACUUCAGGUUCACAACUUCCUAACCUACCACACUACUGGAUGAAUCCAAAAGAUAGGGAAGAGCUUAACCGAUAAGUUAAUGGAUUAUUGAAGAAAGGUUAUAUCCAACAUAGCAUGAGUCCUUGUGCAGCACGUGCUCUUUUGAUUCCCAAGAAAGACGGCUCUUGGAAAAUGUGUGUAGAUAGUAGAGCCAUCAACAAGAUUACCAUCAAGUAUAAGUUUCCUAUUCCUAGACUUGAUGACAUGCUUGAUUUGGUAUCCAAAUCUAGUUGGUUCUCGAAGAUUGACCUUCGGAGUGGUUAUCAUCAGAUCAGGAUUAGACUUGAAGAUGAGUGGAAGACUGCCUUUAGAAAACAAGAUGGGUUGUUUAAAUGGCUUGUCAUGCCAUUUGGGUUAUCAAAUGCCCCAAGUACAUUCAUGAGAGUAAUGGCUCACCUCCUUCGCUCAUACUUGGGAAAAUUCUUAGUGGUAUACCUUGAUGACAUGCUAGUCUUUAGCAAGUCUAAAUAGGAACACUUGGAAUAUCUUGAGUUAAUUUUUCUCACCCUGCAUCAAGAACAGUUUUAUGUUAACUUGCCCAAGUGCUCAUUUCUUCAAAAUCAAGUCAUCUUCCUAGGUUUUAUUGUUUCUGAAAGGGGUUUAGUAGCGGAUCCCGAGAAAGUCUGAGCUAUUCAAGAAUGGCCUGAGCCACAAUCUCUCCAUGAAGUAUGAAGUUUCCAUGGCCUUGCUUCUUUCUAUAGACUCUUCAUUAGAAACUUUAGUACUAUUAUGGCUCCUAUCACUGAUUACUUGAAGCAAGAUAAGUUCUAGUGGACUUCUACUGCAUCCUUAGCUUUUUAGGAUAUUAAGACGAAGCUUUUUGAAGCUCCAGUCUUAUCUUUACCAAAUUUUAUGAAGUGUUUCGAAGUUGCUUGUGAUGCAUCUGGGACAAGAAUCGAAGGUGUUCUAAGCCAAGAAGGUCACCUUAUGGCUUUCAUUAGCGAAAAGCUCAACAAUGCAAAACAAAAAUACUCCAUCUAUGACAAGGAGUUUUAUGCGAGUGUGAAAUCUCUUGAGCAUUGGAAAUACUAGUCCCUUUCUCAACAAUUUGUUCUUUACUCUAAUCAUCAAGUGCUUAGGUUUAUCAAUUCUCAGGGGCACUUAAAUGCUAAACAUGCUAAAUGGGUUGAGUAUAUUCAAGGAUUCACUUUUAUGGUCAAGCAUCGUUCAGGAAUAGAAAACAAAGUGGCUGAUGCUCUUAGCCGACGGAUCAACUUGUUGCACACUAUGAGCAUUAGUGUUGUUGGUUUUGAAAACCUGAAGGAAGAUUAUGCUUCAUGUCCAGAUUUUGGGAUAAUUUACCAUGAAGUUAACAGUGAUAACCGUCAUGAUCUUAUUGAUUUCCUCCUUAAAGAUAGUCAUCUCUUUCACGAAAGCACACUGUGCAUCCCACGAACUUCUACGUGAGAUUUUCUUGUUUGGGAAUUACAUGCUGGAGGUUUAGCUAGUCAUUUUCGGAUCAAUAAAACUAUAGCAUUAGUUGAAGACAGGUUCUAUUAGCCUUCGCUCAAGCAUGAUAUGGCUUGCAUAGUGUCUCAAUGUCGAAAUUGUCAAACUUUUAAAGCUAGAAGACAGGAUACCGGUUGGUACACUCCUUUGCCAAUCCCCGAGGCACCUUGGAAAGACUUGACUAUGGACUUUGUCUUGGGAUUGCCUCGAACAGCUAAAGGUCACGAUUUUGUGUUGGUGGUUGUAGACAGACUCUCCAAGAUGGCCCAUUUUAUUCCCUGUAGCAAGACCACAGAUGAUUCCCAUCUUGCAAAAUUGUUCUUUAAGGAGAUUGUGCGUCUGCAUGGUUUACCUAUUACCAUUGUAUCCAAUAAGGACGUUAAGUUUGUUAGCUACUUUUGAAAAACUCUAUAGAAACUUUUUAGUACCAGUUGAAGUUUUCUUUUGCUUUUCACCCCUAGAUAGAUGGGCAAAUCGAAGUUACUAAUUGAAGUUUGGGUAAUUUUGUUAGAAGUUUAGUUGGAGACAAGCUAAAGCAUUAGGGUUUGGUUCUACCCACUAUUGAGUUUGCAUAUAAUAAUUCGGUGAAUAGGUCCACAGGCAUGAGUCCCUUUCAGAUUGUUCAAGGUUUUAAUCCUAAAUAGCCUAUUGAUCUUAUGCCAAUCCUAUUGACAUUUCAUACUUUCGAAUCUGUAGAAUCCUUUGUCCAUCGGCUUCAUGAAUUACAUGUUGAAAUUAGGUGAAAAUUAGCAACAAGUAAUGAUCAAUAUAAAUUAUCUGCUAAUACUCAUCGUCGAUUUUGAAGCUUCAAUAUAGGUGGCUAUAUUAUGGCUCGAAUUCAUCCAGAAUGUCAUCCUAAAUAUGCUUUUAAAAAGUUGCAUGCUCAACCUUUUGGACCUUUUCACAUAGCAAAGAAGUUAGGAUCUAAUGCUUAUCUUUUAGAAUUACCUCCUGAUAUGGCCAUAAGUCCGGUUUUUAAUGUAGAGGAUCUUUUGCCUUAUGGGGAAACUAUUGAGCCUUCCCCAUUGCUUUUUGAUGAUCCUGCAGGUACUCGGCCCUCGCAAGUGCCAAUCCUACCGUUGCCAUCUAUCUCACCAUCAAUGGAAGAGCUCGAAACCAUUAUGGAUGACCAAAUUGUCCUAACUUCUGAGGGGCCCUUCCAUCGUUACUUGGUUUGUUGGAAGGGUUGUUCAAAUGAAAAUGCCACUUGGAUCUCAGAAGCUGAUUUUAGACAACUUGAUUCUGCCUUGUUGGAAGCCUAUCAACUUUUUAUCUCUCCAGAGGAGAGUUCUUUGCAGCAGGGGGGAAUUGAUAGGAAAUAUAGGGGAGAUUAUUCUAGAAAAAAAAUAAAUUCUCUUUAUGUUAUAUUAAAAUUUUGGAAGAUGGAAAAUAUAAAGCCUAACUUUAUAUGGACAAGGUGUUAAGGUUUCCUUUUGUGUUCUUUUGUAAGAGGAAAUUUGAAAGUUAGCUUUAUAUGUAGAUGUGAUUAAGGCUUCCUUAUUUAGGCAUUAAAGUUUUGUUAAUAGACUUGAUUGCACUUGUAAUGGACAUAUUUGAUGAAUGAAAUAUUGUGAUUGCA